AUGAGAGCCAAAGAUAAUCUCAGGAACUUAGUGAAUCAAUUUAAUCCUUCUCUAAUCUGGAUAGCUGAACUUAAAAUCAAAGUUUCUGGUAAUUAUGUUAAGAAUUUGAGGCUUCAUGGUGUGAAUCAAAUGAUAAUUCAUAAUACUUGUGAUGGUAGUAAGGCAAAUAUUUGGUUAUUCUGGCAUUCUUCUAUCUCUACUACUACUGUUAAAUCAACUACAAAACAAGCAAUAACUGUCAAGGUUGGAGAAUAUAAGGUGGGUGUUAGGGGGACUUCUGAUCAUGGACCCAUAAUGGGAAAUACAGUGGGGAUUCCUAAACCAAAUAACAUUCCUUUCAGAUACCAAGCUGUAUGGACUUCUCAUUCUGAUUUUCUAAAAGUGAUUCAAAGCUCUUGGGAAGAAAAUAUAAAUGGUAAUCCUGCAUUUGGGUUUAUGGCUAAACUAAAAAGAUUCAAAGAGUUUGUUAAAAAGUGGAACUGGGAGAUUUUUGGGGAUUUAAGAGUAAAAAUGACACAAGCUGAAGAAGAGGUGGAAAAGGUAGCAAUGAUUUCUUAUGCAAAUCCUGAGAAUGUUGAGUUACUUAAUCAUCUAAUAACUACUAGAGAGAAGCAAGAAAUAGUUUCUCAACAAUUUAAUGAACUUAUGAGAGCUAAGGAUAGAAUCAAAUGGGUAAAAGAGGGUGGAGCAAAUACUUCUUUCUUUCAUACUUCUAUAAAGAUUAGAAAAGCUCAUAACAACAUAACUGAACUGGAGGAUGAAACUGGAAAUCUGGUAAUAUAUGAGGAAGACAAUAUUUUUCUAGAUGCAAUUCCUUCUUCUGCAGAAAUCAAAAAAGUUGUUUUUGGAGUGGAUGCAAAUAGUGCACCAGGCCCUGAUGGAUUUCCUGGAAGUUUUUACAGAUUUGCCUGGAAUAUUGUUGGCCAAGAUUUGAUUAACGCUCUUCAAUACUGUUGGAGGUGCAGGUUUAUACCAAGAGGUAUGAAUUCAAAAAUUUUAUUUCUACUUCCUAAAGUACAAGGUGCAAAAAAAGCAGAACAAUUUAGACCUAUAGGACUUGCCAAUUUCAGUUUCAAGAUUAUUACAAGAACUAUAAUAUUAAGAAUUAGUUCUUUGAUUGAGAAAAUAGUAUCUUGUCAGGAGGGAGCAUUUAUCAAAGGCAGCAAUAUCCAUGAAAAAAUUGUCUUAGCUUCUGAGAUGGUGAAUGAAUUAGAUAUAAAGAGAAGAGGAGGGAAUGUAUGUUUGAAAUUAGAAAUUACACAAGCAUAUGACUCAUUGAGUUGGGAUUUCCUCGUUGAAACUAUAAAACACUUUGGCUUUUAUGAAGUUGGAAUUAAAUGGAUUAGAAUCUUGUUUGAGUCUGCUAAAAUCUCAGUAUUAGUAAAUGGAGGACCUUGUGGUUUCUUUAAUGUGGGAAGACGACUUAGACAAGGUGAUCCCUUGUCAUCAGUUUUAUUUGUGAUAGCUGAAGAAGUUUUGAGCAGAAGUAUUUCUAAAUUUGUACAUGAAGGAAAGAUUGUGCCAAUGGUUAACAGAAAUAGUUGUCAACCUUCACAUCUACUUUUUGCAGAUGACAUUUUUGUUUUCUGUAAUGGGAAAAAAAUCACUGGAGAAUUUAAUGAAGCUUCUAAUGAAAUAUCAAAAAUGCAUCAGGAAAAGUGA